UUGGGAUUUUCUUGGUGAAAUGCACGUUCUAACGGUGCUCGCGACGGCGCUCCUCUCGGGUGUCCAUGCAUGCACGGUCAUUGGAGUCACGCAUAAGGCCACUGCAGACGGUUCGUCCCUUCUGGCGCAUACAGACGAUGCCGGCGGGGGCGCCGCGGACACGCGCUUGAUCCGUGUCCCAGCCGCCAACCACGAGCCCGGAUCCAAGCGUGCCGUGUACAACUUCUUUGGUGGAUAUCCCCGCUUGACGACCAAGGAUCGGGGCCCGCUCUACUUCCCUGUGGACAACCAGACCCUAUCGACGCCGAUUGGGUACAUUCCGCAGGUCCCCCACACGUUUGCGUACUUUGACCAGGACUAUGGCAUGAUGAACGAGGUGCAGUUGAGCAUUGCCGAAAGCACGUGCACCGCCAAGACGGUGGGGUGGUCGAAGGACGUUCCGUACGGGUUCAACCUGUUUGGCAUUGCCGAAUUGACCAAAGUGGCGCUCGAACGGUGCGAUUCGGCGCGGUGUGCCGUGCAGACGAUGGGCGACCUGGCCGUCGAGUAUGGGUUCUUCAGCGAAGACAGCGGCGACCCCGCGAAACCCGGCUACAUGGACUCGGCCGAAGCGUUGGCGAUCUCUGACAAGUAUGGCGAGCUCUGGGUCUUUCACGUGCUCACGGGACCGCACAACGCCAGCGCCGUGUGGGCGGCACAGCGCGUCCCCGACGGCCACGUGACGGCGAUCGCGAACUCAUUUGUCAUUCGCGAGAUGAACUUGUCGGACACUUCGACGUUUCUCGCGUCGUCCAACGUCAUAUCGUUUGCGCAAGACAUGGGGUGGCACUCUCCAGACGACCCGUUUGACUUUGCCAAGGCAUAUGCAUGGGACGACUUGACGACCUUUCCCGGUAAGAUCCUGCCGCUGUACGCGGGCCGCCGCCUCUGGCGCAUCAUGGACACGGUCGCGCCGUCGCUUCAGCUGGACCCCCGCCUGGGCUACCAGGUCAACUUCACCACGUACCCGUUCAGUGUGCCCGUGGACGCCCCCGUGACGCUGUCGCAGCUGGUGCAUUUGCUGGGCGAUCAUUACGAAGGCACGCCUUUUGACAUGACGCAAGGCCUGGGUGCCGGUCCGUUUCACGCGCCCAUUCGGUACGACGGUCCAUUUCAAAACAUGUCGGGGGGAUGGGAGCGUCCGAUUGCAAUGUUUCGUACAAUGUUUUCGUUCAUUUUGCAGAUCCAGCCACCGGCGGCGCAUCUGCCCAGCCAUUUGGCCGGCACGGCGUGGUACGCGCAGGACAGUCCCCACGGCUCGGUGUUUUUGCCGUUCUCGUGCGCGCAGUCGAGUUUACCCUUGUCAUAUGUGACAGGCAACCAAUCCGUGUUCAACACCGACUCGGCGUGGCGGGCGUUCAACUUUGUGAACCAGUGGAGCAUGCUGCGGUGGGAUGUGAUCAACGGUCAAGAUGUCCAGGAAGUUAUGAACAAAACGCAGACCCGCGCGAUUGCCGCGCACGCGUCCUGGCUGCGCGAUCGGCUGAAUGCGACAGAGUUGGAAGCCGCCGCCAACGCCCUGGCGACGGACGUGGUCGCGUCGUGGUGGAAGUUGGCGUGGGUGUUGGUUGGCAAGUACUCUGGCGGGUACAUCACGACGGGCGAGAAGCCGGCGCAAAUGUUGACGCCAGGCUAUAGCAAGGAGUGGCUGGUGCAGACUGAGUUUGCCGGCUGGCCCGGUAAGACGUACAUGGACCCGAUGGCGCCAUAUCGGUACCCGCAGCAAAACGACAAGGGCACCAAGUCGAAUGCUGUUGAAAUCGUCGGAUUUAUGGUGCUCGGCGCGCUCUUGGCUGUGGGUACGCAUUAUCUGGUGCAGACCACGCGCCGCGACGGGUACACUUCGUUCGUGUAAACUCUGGGCACUAAUAAUAAGUUUGACGAGU